AUGCCACUUGGACAGGAUGAAAUGAAUAGGUCGAGGUGUGAUGCUCUGCCUUUUGUCCAGGAUAUCUUCAGGGACAACUGUGCUAAACUGCAGGUCCCCAACAAAUUCUGCUUCGGUCAGUGCAACUCAUUCUAUGUCCCCGGCUGGCCAGUCGAAAUACUUCAGCUUUGUGCUUCCUGUGCCCCCGUGCGCACCAGACGCAUCUCCGUCCCCCUGCAGUGCCAUGGGGGCAGGCUUUCCUGGGAGGAGGUGGUCCUUGUUGAAGAAUGUAGCUGUGAGACCAGACGUGAUGUAGACAUUGGCAGUGGUGAAGGCUUCCUGCCUGCAGCCUAA